AUGCAGGCCAGCGGCGGGAGCGGCGAGCAGUCGCUGCUGCACGCCAAGCUCGCCACGCUGCGCCGCGACGUGGAGGGCCUCGGCGUCGACGGCCGCCGCGCCGCCGCCGAGCCGCCGAGCCGCCGCGCCGCCGCGGCCUCGCCGCACGGCGGCUCGCCCGCGCCGGCACGCGGCGGGGGGGCCGAGGCGGCGGCGCUACGCGAGGAGCUGGCGGCGCUGGAGAGCGCCACCACUAAGACGUCCGAGAGGCCCCCCAGCAACCCAACUCGUGUGCUUCCGAACCUGUGGGAGCAGUCCGGGAGCCCGCCCAGCGAGCUGCAUGAGGAGCUGACUGGAGCUCAGCGGGAGCCGGCCCAGGCGGGCUUGUGGCAGCGCCGGUACGAGGAGGCGCAGCGGAGGGGCGACGCGCACGAGCUGGCGCUGCGCGAGCUGCGGUUGGAGGGCGAGGGGCGGGGCAGGGAGGCCACGCUGCUGCAGCAGUACCUGCGGAAGCUGGAGGACGAGGCCAGCAUCCGUGACGAGCAGCGGAGGCGGCUGCUGCAGGACGCAGAGCAGCUCUCGGAGAAGCUGCGCUUCUCCGAGGCGGCCAGGCGGCGGCUGGAGGCGCAGAUGCACGAGCUGGAGGACGGCUUCGCCCGCUGCGUGGGCCGCAUCACGCGCGCGCGGGCCGCCGGGGUGGUGAACGCGUCCCUCGGCGACGACAAGCCCGUGGCGCGCUUCGCGGUGCUCCGCGCGGCCGAGGCGGACGACGGGGCCGCCGUGCUGGAGUUUUUUGAGGAGCCGGACUCGGCGUGGGAGAUAACGUCGCUGGACCUCUCGCCGGAGGCGGGCCCCGCGGGCGAGGCGGCGCGGGCGAUCGUGGAGGAUCAGGGGGCGGCGGCCUGCUGCUGA